UAAUCCCACAGGAAUAUGAGUGGCGGCAUUCCAGAGCCGAACCUCCGGAUUCUAACGAAAUGGCACGAGCUCCACCGAUCAUUAACAGACCACAAGCCGACAGCUACCGAAACUCUCCAGAUAAUCCCGAUUCGUAACACCAUUGAAGUCCCUUUCUUUGACGGGUUGGGGGUGAGGGAGAGGGAGAGGGGGAAGAUAUCAAGAAGAAAAAAACUAAAUUUUGUAGAAAACCUUACUUUCUGUACCCCGUAAGUCCCAUCUGCUGUUUUCGGAUCCAAGCCAGUCUGAAAGAGAUUCAAUCAAGAUGAAAAUAAUUGGUGUUGCCGUGUUUGGAGCCGUGUUCUGCACUGUUCUGACUGCAUCCCUGAAAGUCAAAGAAGAACACAAGAUUGCUUUUUUCGGCGAAGAUGUGCACAUCCCUCUCCCAUCCCUAGUCAGCACUGAGGUUCUGUUCAGGCCCGCCUCCAACCGCACCGCCGUGGUGGUCCUGAUGAGGGACGGACGGGUGGUGGGCCACCGGGCCCAGCUCAACUCCCUCAAGCACCUCAUCCUGGAGGAUGUGGGGGAGGAGCACGAGGGCAUGUACGUGAUCAAGAACACUGAGGUGCCUGCCGAUGUCAAACACAUCAUCCUCAUCGUCAGGGAUUGCACGCUGGAGCAGGUAGUCAAGUACGGUGAGACAUACCACAUCCCACUCAGCGACAUCUUGGGCCCUAUCACCCUGGAGUUCAGGUCCAGUCAAGCCCAGGCCAAUCAGACCACGGAGCCACCGGCAGUGGUGCUGCUCAACCAGACUUCCAUCCCCCCAGAGGAGUACAAGGGUCGCCUGAGUGUGUCCGAGAAAAGGGUGACUCUAAGCAUGGUGCGGGGGACAGACGAGGGAAGCUUCACCGUACUGGACCGCGAUGGGAAAGUCAGAAGGAGGUCAUGCCUGAACGUGAAAGAGCACCAGAACUUCGUCCACCUAUCAUAUGGCAGUACUUUGAAGAUCAACCUGUUUGUGGACCACACAAAAGUCAACCUCAUGUACACUCCAGACUGGGACCGGAAGGACCGGGUCAUACUGGAGCAAGGAGAGCUAGUGGUGCCGUUGGACCCAUCACUGGACGGCAGGCUGACUGUAGAAGGCCCCAUGUGCAUUCUGGAGAGGGUCCGGAUCAGUGACAUGGGGCUCUUCAGAGUGACAGACCUGUUGGGGUUCCCUGUGACCAACAUCUACCUGGAGGUGAAAGCCUAUAAGUUACCAACGCUGUAUGUUGCAAUCCUCUCCUUACUGGGCUUCCUGGUCCUCCUCUUGCUGGUGUGUCUGCUCUCCUGCCUGAUAAAUGUGCGCCGUCGGGCGGAGAAGGCGCGGCAAAUUGCCCUCAUCGCCCAGCAGGCGGGCAAGGGGGAUGGAGACGCAUUCGUCAAGGUUGUUCAAGAGGCCUAUACACGGUUCACUGAGGAAUCCACUUUGGCGUCUACGUGGGACAACAGCAAUGCUACAGAAAGCACGGAGGUCACCAUUAGGGGUCUGGAGGUAUCCAAAGCAGGUCGCUACCACACUCUCUCCUCGGACAAGAACUUCCUGGAGAUGAGUGACUCGGGGGUAGAGUUCAACUCCUCCGCUCUCCCGUUGGACAGCGAAUGUGAGACGGACGUGCCCCAGACCUUCACCUCCCACAAGCUGCUCCUCAACAACUCUGACAGCGUGGCCGCCACCAUCAUCCCCGAGGGAGACCAGAGUGCCAACCGGACCCCCGACUCGGCCAUGAGCCCCAGCUACGUGACCCAGGCCCGGUCUGAAGCCGACGCCCCUGAAGAAGACCUGAUGGGUGUCACCACGCCAGAAAUGGCAUCCAGGGGCGCCGAGCUGUCUGCGGCACUUGAGGCAGCCGAUAAAGCUAUCAGCCCGUCAGUUCCCAAUGCCACUGCAGAGAGCACCACCACCUGAGAGCUCCGGCAUUGCAUUCCUAAAAGCGCAGACACAAACCCCCGGACACCCUGACAAUCUUUACUCUUCAGCCUCAAUUACUCCCCCCCUCAUGCAGACAUAACCCAAAUCCUGAUCACUGCUUUUAUAAACUAAAACUACACAAAAAUGCUUGGUGUAAAAAUUGCCAGUCUAUAUGCACUAGACUUAAUCCCUAAAGAAAAAAAUACAAGACCCUAGCUCAUUAGAACACAUGAAUUCUGUGCAUACAGGAAAUGCAUGUGUAACGGAGUUAAGAACGUACCGUAAGCUCACUCCACAGCUAGCUUGAAAUGUCGCGGAUGGAGCCAUCCAAUUGAUAGCUUUUGGGAGGCUCAACACGUUGGAACGUUGUCACGCAGGGCGGUCACGUGUGUUGCGAAGCAGAGGAUCACUGGUUCGAGCCUAGUAUGGGGCAGUCGGACAGUGGAGGAAGCUAAGCUGUUAGCAGCAGACUGACCCCUGUUACACAUGCAUUUAAAUUAGACUUAAAAGCCAGGAUUUAGCCUUAGUUGGCCCAAGAGGCAAUUGAUAGUAUUAAUGACUGCAUAAUGCAUGCAUGCCUCUCUUGGCCUAAGAGAUAAUAUCUAAGAUAACAUGGUGGACUAAGGGAAAAUGCAUUAUGAUGAUUCAUGUAAAUACAUUAAGAUUACAAUGCCCAAAAGGAAUGAGCGCA